CACUGUCAGAUGGGACUGCUACACGUGCUGGAGUUAGCUGCUGAAAGAGCAUGAUCUCUUGUGUCGUGCAUGCGGAGAGGCCCGAAAAAGCAGCGGUUUGUUUUCUUCUGUUGCACGAUUUCUCUUCAUUAGCACGCACUCAGACGGCGGGAGUGCUCCCGACUGCUCAGAGGGCACGCGGAGGAGCCUGAAGGGUAACCGGCCGCGAAGGAGAGCGGUUGGCUGCGCCAAACGAGAAAGUUAUCGGUCUCCGAGCCGGUGCGUGUUGCGUGUGUUUCUGUACGCGCACCUGGGCAGCUUGUUAGGGUGGUUUGUUUUUAGUUGAAGACUGAACAGAGGGGUUGGUGAGGGCUGUUAGGACACCAUGGCGAACUACCUGAUCAGCGGGCAAACCGGCUACGUCCCAGACGACGGGCUGACCGGACAACAGCUGUUCAACGGAGGAGACGGGCUCACGUACAAUGACUUCCUGAUUCUGCCGGGGUACAUCGACUUCACAGCUGACCAAGUGGACCUGACGUCAGCGCUCACCAAACAAAUCACCAUGAAGACCCCCUUUGUCUCCUCUCCUAUGGACACUGUCACCGAAGCCAACAUGGCCAUCGCUAUGGCACUAACAGGCGGCAUUGGUUUUAUUCACCACAACUGCACUCCAGAGUUCCAGGCUAAUGAAGUUCGUAAAGUCAAGCGCUAUGAGCAGGGCUUCAUCACAGAUCCUGUGGUGAUGAGCCCCAAUGAGCGAGUGAGGGAUGUCUUCCAGGCCAAGGCACGCCACGGCUUCUGUGGCAUCCCCAUCACAGAUAACGGCAAAAUGGGUGGCAAGCUGGUGGGCAUCAUCUCGUCCAGAGACAUUGAUUUCCUGAAGGUGGAGGACCACGACUUACCACUCAGUGAGGUGAUGACUAAGAGAGAGGAUCUAGUGGUUGCCCCUGCUGGAGUGACACUGAAGGAAGCCAAUGAAAUCCUCCAGAGGAGUAAGAAAGGUAAAUUGCCCAUAGUGAAUGAAGAGGGCUCCCUGGUGUCCAUCAUUGCCCGCACAGACUUGAAGAAGAACAGAGACUUCCCUCUAGCGUCCAAAGAUUCUCGGAAACAGCUGCUGUGUGGCGCCGCCGUCGGCACCCAUGAGGAUGACAAGUAUCGGUUGGACCUGUUGGUGCAGAGUGGAGUGGAUGUGGUCGUAUUGGACUCCUCUCAGGGCAACUCAGUCUUCCAGAUCAACAUGAUCAAAUAUAUUAAAGAAAAGUACCCCAGCCUGCAGGUCAUCGGUGGCAAUGUGGUGACUGCAGCUCAGGCCAAGAACCUGAUUGAUGCAGGAGUGGAUGCACUGAGAGUGGGAAUGGGCAGCGGCUCCAUCUGCAUCACACAGGAAGUGCUGGCAUGUGGCAGAUCCCAAGCCACAGCUGUCUAUAAAGUUUCAGAGUAUGCCAGGCGCUUUGGUGUCCCAGUCAUCGCUGAUGGCGGCAUCCAGACGGUUGGCCACAUUGCAAAGGCCCUGGCACUUGGAGCAUCCACAGUAAUGAUGGGUUCUCUGCUGGCUGCUACUAGUGAAGCUCCUGGUGAAUACUUCUUCUCUGACGGCAUCAGGCUGAAGAAAUACCGCGGCAUGGGCUCCCUGGACGCUAUGGACAAAAACCUGGGCUCCCAGACCAGAUAUUUCAGUGAGAAUGAUAAGAUUAAAGUCGCUCAGGGUGUUUCUGGAGCUGUGCAGGACAAAGGCUCCAUCCACAAGUUUGUUCCAUACCUGCUCGCUGGCAUUCAGCACUCCUGUCAGGACAUAGGAACCAAAAGCCUCACCCAGCUCAGAGCCAUGAUGUAUUCUGGAGAUCUGAAAUUUGAAAAGAGAACCACAUCAGCUCAGAUGGAAGGCGGAGUCCACAGCUUGCACAGUUACGAGAAACGUCUCUUUUAAGGAGAAGCUUGCCUUCUGAUGGAGGGUCCUUCCAACAGACAUUAUGCAAAAACACUACUUGCCAGACCAUCCGAUAACUGUACUCAACGCACACUAACAACUAACUUCUCAUUAGAUUAGUCUGUGUAAAGAUCAACCUCUUCAUUCUUCCAGUGAUCCCUUAGUCUUCCUGCCAGUGUCAUCUAUGCAUCGUCUGUGUGGAGGGAAUAAAAGAAUUUCAAUCACUGCACGUAUGGUUGAGUCAAAUGAAAAUCCCAGUGCUUUUCAUAUUGUCUGAAUCAAAAUAUUUGAACCCUGCUGUGUCCAUUUCAAGAUGAAAAGUUGUCUAAUAAUAAAGCGUGUUUUUCCAUAA